UGGCAAGGCUGAGGUGGCACGUACCACCACACGCCAAAAAAAGUUGCGUCCAGGAACUGAAGGACUGAACGGGCGACCGAACCUCCACGCGACGGACAACAUCCCAGCAAGUCACCUUCGCCGUCGAAUCUCAAACCUCUGCCCAAUCUGCACACCGAUAUAUCCAGUGCAUGACAAUGGCGGCAACUUCCACGCGACCUCCUCCGGCUGGAUUGCCCGCCAAAGUGCAAUCAAUCCCUCCAAACCAGACUCUCUAUGUUACCAACCUACCCUCGGCAAAGAUUCAGAAGGACGAUAUCAGGACGGCUCUGUACCUGCUCUUCUCGACACACGGUCCAGUCCUUGAUGUUGUUGCGCUGAAGACAACCAAAAUGCGAGGCCAGGCACAUAUUGUCUAUCGCGAUAUUCAAACAUCCACUCAGGCCAUGAGGUCCUUGGAUGGUUUUGAGUUCUUUGGCCGGCCGAUGAAAAUCACAUAUGCCAAGUCAAAGUCCAAUAUUGUCGCCAAACUCGACGGCACCUUCAGAAUGACAACUGGUGCUACUGCCCCAGUCGAUAUCACAGAUCUCCAGCAGAGCAUAUUUAAUGCUCCCGUCCCCAGAGGCGGUUCCUCUACAACCCACGACCUCCCGUCCAGGCCGCCUGCAGGCGGUGACCAGGCCAUGGCUGAUGCUGGGACGCCUGAAAGCCGAGGCAUGAAACGGCCGAGAGAGGAAAACGAGGAGGAGGAGGAGGAGGAGGAGGAGGAGAGCGAUUCAGACGUGGCUAUGGAGGAAGACAGCGAGGAUGAGUGAUACCCACGAGUUCUGCCUCUGCAGGACCGAAACGGUGGUGGCCGUGGUUUAUCUCGGUUCACCAUGGUCAAGAGCCAUCUCCUUGGGCACCCAGAGCCCUACGCAUCCGCCCACGAGGCCCAACCACAGCAUCAGAUAGUCCUCCUUAGAGCAGUCGAAAUUCGACAUGGCCUCACCAAGGAGGCAGGGGUGGACGAAGAAAGUGGGAACACCUGUAAUUGGGUGAUGCUGAAUGUGGUUUGGCUUACAUCUG